AUGGAUAUUAAUGAGUUAGUUUUGUUGAAAGAUGAUGCAGGAAUAAAUAGAAUGAAAUUGAUAGCACUGAUUAAUGGGAAUGUGCAUUUAUAUGUCAUGCGUCCAGUUUAUGGGAAAGAGUCAAUAUUGUCUCUAGAAAACAAUGUAGGACCAAGUAGUGUAGAAGAAGACAAUUUGGAAGAUGACACCUUAGAUGAUUUGAAUAAUGGUGUAAAAGGAACUUUUGAUGAUUUUGAUACUUUUGAAUAUUUGAAUAAUCUAGGUGACAAGUUUGAUGAAGGAGGGACCACUGAUGUAGAAGAUAGAGAUGCAGUUGACCAAGAAUCUUCAUGUGAAGAUGUUAAUUUGGAUGGGACCACUGAAGGCAUUGACCAAAAAGAUUCAUGUCAGGGUGUUAAUUUUGAGGGGGUCACUUUGUCUGAGGAUGCAAUAAUGAACAUUACAUUGGAGGGAACCACUUAUUGUAUGAUAUAUGAUCAAGAAACUGGUAUAUUGGAUGGAACAUCUUAUCUGGUACGUGUUCAAAAAGAUUAUGUAGUUGAGGGACUUAUUUGUAACGAAGAUGAAGAUGAGGGACUGGAAUGUAACUAA